AUGAAGAGCUUAUAUGAGGUUACCGGAUGGGUACUUAUUUCCUUUGGGAUUACAAGCAUUUUUUCUGGAAUUUUGGCUUUUUUUCCUGCUUUUUCUUACAAGCCUUGGUUUGUUGGCUGGAGUGUUCGAAUCGCCUGUCCCAUCUGGAAUGGAGCUGUGGCUCUUAUUGCUGGUGUGCUUGUCCUUCUGGCUGACAGAGAACACACGCAAAGAUCACUGUGGGAAGCUAGUUUCAGUUUUGGAGUAUUGAGCAUCACAGGCAGCUCGAUUCAAUUUGCUGUUGCCAUUGCAGCCACCCUCCUGGGUCCAUACUGCUACUAUUCUUUUGCAGGGAUUGCUGGGACCAAUUAUCUUGGUUACGCAGUUCUCAUCCCUUUUCCCUACACCAAAUUCACAGCUAUCUGCAAGGACCCAUUGUCCUAUGAGUGGUACCAUCUAGUUUUACAAAUACUAGACCUUUGCUCCAGUUUUGCUAUGUUUUGUGCAUCUUUAGCUUUUGUCAUCAAGCUCACUGUAAGACUACUCCAGUUUGGACAUUUAAAUGGGCAAAGACAUGUAUGGUAAACCAUCAUUUUAGGACAUUUCUGCACAUCUCUUGGACUAUUAUAGGACAGCCUUUGGUAAAACACUUUUCAGUUAACAUGCGGGUAUAUUUUUAUUUAUUUUAUUUCUCCCUCAAAAUGUUUUUUUUUUUUUAAUAAAGAGUUGGUUGCACUGCUCUAAAUGUGAAAGUUUUAAGCCUUAACCAAGGUUACUAAGUAUAUGGACAAUACUGAAUAUCUACAUUGAGAUUUAAAAAAACAACCAAACAAACCAAAACUAGUUCCACUACUACAAAUCCAUAUCCAUGUAUUUGUCUGCCUCUGCUGUAUCUGUUCUCUCUUUGACAGGUGCCCUCACUCUCAAUUAAUGAUGACUAAAGUAUAUAUUCAGCCACCUCAGAAAGAAAAUAGCUUACAGCUUCCACCCAAAUGCAUUCAACCUUUACAACAAUCAUGUUCUUCUAACAGGCUAGGGACAGACAUUCAAAAAGCUGGACCCUGAAUUGAUUCAGUCUUUGCAGGUUAGUCUAACCUGCAAAGAUGGAACUGAUUCGCAAGUGCACAGACAUUCAUGUUUAAUUCUGGAACUGCAGGCACAUGCUUGCAGUGGCUCAGGCUAGAAACCAGGGGGCGCUAGAGCACCCUUCCCUUCCCUUUGCAGCAGCCACAAGGCUGGAGGGAAGCUGACCUGGGGGGCAUAGCCAGGCCCCUGCAGGGGCUAAGUAUGAGUGUGGAAGGAUUUAAACCCCCACCCAGGCCUGAAGGGACCCUGGCCAGGCUGUGCCUGGAGGAGUAAGAAGGAAGCAGCCCUUGCCAGGCUUGUCCCCGAGGCCAGACACUGUCUGAGGCAGCACCUCAGGCAAAGGUGGGGGGCAGGGGGUGGGGAUUAAACUCUCCUGUCUCUAGG